AUGUCCAAUGCCAGCGUGAAGGACCAUGCGAAUACGCUGUUGAACCUGUUGGAUAUGGAGCGAAGCCCCCAGUUGGCACUCCUCAACGCGCAAGAAGAUCCAAAAUACACCUCCAUCCGCACUGGAACAUCGGGCCUCGUCUUCUUUGGCACCCCACACCACGGUACCAAAGGAGUCGAGCUGGGCAAGAUUGCGGCCAAGGUGGCGCGCUUCGUAGGCAAGGGACACGCCAGCAACGACCUGCUGGACUGUCUGGAGCAUAACUCGCUCUUCACCCGGCAGAUGAGCAGCCGUUUCUGCCAUCAGUUGGAAGAUUACCGCGUGGUGAGCUUCAUCGAAGGGAAAGAGGUGCUCUUGGGAGGCAGUGGGCCUGCGUCCAUCAGCCACCUUGUUGUCGAUGAAGAAUCAGCCGUCCUGGGUCUGCCUGGAAACCGCGAGACCCGGCUGAAGCUGGAUGCCGACCACUCGCAAAUGUGCAAAGUGGGCGUCCGCGGCCCGAUGUACAAGCUGAUCAAGGGCAACAUCAAGCAGAUCGUCGACCAGGUUCUCGUCGCGGAACAGGGGUACAUCCCCCAGCCCUCUCCAUCGCCUCGACCUGGACCUCCCCUGCCCCCACGACACAUCAACAGCAGCGCUCCGUACCCGCCCAACCGAUCACCCCAGCCGCAAGUCGCCGGUGUCAUCGGCACGAUGUACUCUGCAGUGGACAAUGAUCCCCGGUCGACGCAGGCCGCGGAACACAAGAACCACGGGCGCUGGGAGGAAGCCCGGAAGCUGGAGUACGCGAUUUUCCAGGAGCACCUGCGCACGCUGGGCCAGGAUCACCACAGCACAUUACUCAUGGGCUACCAGCUCGCCGAGAUCGAUCUGGAGUCGGGGUAUCUGAGCAAAGCGGCCGAAUGGUGUGAAUGGGUCUCGAACAACAGCCAGCGCGUGUUCAACAAGCGCCACCCGCUCGCCAUGAAAGCGGAGAGUCUCAUGGGCGAGGUCCUCUGCGGACAGGGCAAGGCGCAAGAGGGCGAAUCUGUGUGCGCGAACGUCCUGGCGCGGCAGCAGAUGACGAUUGGCGAAAACGACCUCGACACGUUGGCGACCCGGCGUCGGGUGGCGAUGGCGUACGUCGCGCUCGGCCGACGGCAGGAGGCCGUCGAAGUCGCACAGAAGCGCGUCGCUAGUCUGGAGCAGCUACUCGGCUCCAAUCACAUCAAGGUGUGGGAUGCCGUGCUGGACGUUGCCGAGUUAACGGUCGCUCUGAAGGGCGCCAACAGCACCGAACGCGCCGUGAUGCGGUACAGCAGCCAGACCCAGGAUACCAUCGAACGGAUAGCGAAGAUCGCCAAUGAGUUGCAGUCGCUCCUUGGCCCGCUAAGCAUCCUGAGCAUCCGAGCGCUUCGCAUCCUGGGCUCCAUCCAAAUGAUGGCCAACGAGAGCACGACCGAAGCAUCGGAGACGCUGCGCCGCGCGCUGGCAAGCGCGGAAGAGUCGCUUGGGACAGAGCACCCGGAGACGCUCAGCAUCGUGGCCUGCAUGGGUCUGUUGUAUGCAACGCAGGGCAACACCGCCGGGAUCUACUACCCCAAUUCCGGACAAAACGUCGAGCUGGCGCGUCCCUGGCUGCAACGGUACUUGACCUGGGCGGAAACCCAUGUCGGGCUCACCCACCCGGAGGCGCAGGGCAUUCUCGAGCUCCUCGGCCAGUUGAACAUGUCUGGAGGCAACUACCAGGCGGCGCAGACGUUCUACGAGAUCCAGGUGCGGGCCUGUGAGCAGGCCAACAUGCCGGUGCCAGCCAACACACAACAGAUGCUGCAGCUGUGCCGGAUGAAUACCCGAUGGCUCACGCCGCAGCGGUCAAGCAUCUCGGGGCUACUGCAGGGGUUUCAGAACUAUAGAUUGGGGUGA